AUGGCUAUCCAACGUGCCAAGCCGAAGAAGACACGUAAAGGACAGUCUUCCAUCACUGGAGGUGGAAUUGGACUAUUCACGGCCGAGGUUUUCCAUCAAGACGACUUCAUUGGGGAGUACAGGGGGGAGAAGAUUACCAAGAAGGAGGGUGAGCGACGCGCUCUAGACGCCCAGAACAACAACCGUGCAAAUUACAUUUUUGCGCUCAACGACUGCACUCCCGGCACAGAUGAAGAUGUGGAUGCGGGAAGGGGGGGCAACCACACCAAGUGGAUCAACAAUGCGGACAUUGACCAGACCAACUGCUAUGCGGCGAACCUUGUCAUCGACGGAAAGAACCGCGUUGGUAUUUUUGCGGCAGACCGCGUUGAGAAAGGGCAAGAACUGUUCUUCCACUACUACUGGCCCAAAGAGUUCACCCAAGCGUUCGGAACUCCCCCGGACUUCCAAGCUCCUAGAGCGCCAUGCACGCUUCGAACGUCGAAAUCGCCGGAGAUCUCCACGCCACAAGCGAGUCGGGUGAAGAAUAAGAACAAAGGAGACCAGGGUAGGCAGGUAGACUUGUGCAAAUGCGAAGACACGAGUUUGUUUCAGAGCUACACGACGCUUGACCGUGUCGAACUUCACAAUGCUUCUCCCCUCGACGUUGCCAGCUUCCUUGUCAAGCCUGUCCGCUCCUGCUUUGCACCGCGAUCCGAGAGCCACGGUCCCCGUGGGACUUGCGCACACAUGUAUUGGACAUGGUAA